CAAAAAGUUCAACUCUGCUUCUACAACUCUUCUUCUCUAGUUCUCUCGUGUCUUUAUCCACCUCUAACAAUUCUUUUCAUACGCCUCUAACAAUCAUGAAAGAAACAACUCAAAGCAAGUCCAAAAAUAAGCCUUCUCAAUCCCAUCAGCAGUCCCAACCCAAAGUCAUGCAAUUAUCAUCAGCAGCAGCAGCUUCCUCUAAGUCAAGACCUCAGAAACCAUUACAAAUAUUGCAGCAGCAGCAGCUUCCUGUUGUUUCUGAUCAAAGCAACAACAACAGCAAGGAGAAGAAGAACAACUCUCUAUCAGAACAAGAACUGAAGCUAGCAGCCAUAGCAAUCAGCCUAAACGUGCGAUUAAGAACCUCAGACAUGCCCGUGUCCAUGCAAGAGCAUGCACUCCGCUACACCCGAUCACUCGUCACUGCCGGUACCUCCGGUGCCACUCCUCCUCAAACUCAUCGACUUAGCCCCGCCCUCCUCGCUCGUUCUCUCAAAAAGGAGUUUGAUGGGUUGUAUGGGCCGGCAUGGCACUGUGUAGUGGGGAAGAGUUUCGGGUCGUUUGUCACACAUUCACCAGGAGGGUUUGUGUAUUUCUCUUUGGAUUCGCUGUCUUUUUUCUUCUAUUCAAGACUGAAGUUCAGCUGGGUUAUCCAAUUGAACUGA